UUGUGUUAUAAGACUAAGCAUAGACCUUCAUCCCACUGUUACUGUGACAAGACUUCUAGGAAUGUCGUUUUCCGUUCUUAGUAAAAACGAUGGGAGAGAGGGCAUGUAGCCAUGGGACAUUGUUUAGAUAAAUAUUGAAUUUAAUUAAAUUAAUCUUUGAUUUUAUUCGGUUAUCCACGGUGCUUACUCUGGCUCGUCUGGUGGAAUUAUACUCCGUUUCUGUAGGGGGCGGAAGAGAGCAUACAUCACGAGCGGAGACUGAACAAUGUAACACAAAAUAUUAGCAGGUUAGCUACGAGGGCUAAAAUAUAGCAUUUUUCAGUCCUAAAUUCUCUUAAAAUGAAGCUGUACUGUCUGUCCGGUCACCCAACGCUGCCUUGCAAUGUUCUCAAAUUCAAAUCCACCACCAUAAUGCUGGACUGUGGACUGGACACCACCUCUGUCCUCAACUUCCUGCCUCUUCCUCUGGUGCACAGUCCGAGGCUCUCCAAGCUUCCUGGCUGGAUCUCAAAGGAUGGGAGCAUAAACCUGGAAAAGGAGCUGAAAGAAUGCGCCGGCAGAGUGUUUGUGGACUCCCAGCCCGAGUUCUGUCUCCCUGAGAGAGAACUGCUGGAUCUCUCCACCAUCGACGUCAUCCUUAUCUCCAACUACCACUGUAUGAUGGCCUUGCCCUACAUCACCGAACACACCGGAUUCACAGGGACGGUGUACGCCACAGAGCCCACCCUGCAGAUAGGAAGGUUGCUAAUGGAGGAACUGGUGAACUUCAUGGAGAGGGUUCCCAAAGCUCAGUCUGCCACCUGCUGGAAGAACAAGGAAAUUCAGAGGAUGCUUCCUGGGCCGCUGAAGGACGCGGUGGACGUGUGGACGUGGAAACGGUGCUACAGCAUGCAGGAGGUCAACUCGGCGCUCAGCAAAGUGCAGCUCGUCGGCUAUUCCCAGAAAGUGGAGUUGUUUGGAGCCGUGCAGGUCUCCCCCUUGAGCUCCGGCUACUCGCUGGGCAGCUCCAACUGGAUCAUCCAGUCGCAUCACGAGAAGGUGUCCUACGUGUCGGGUUCUUCCCUCCUCACCACACAUCCGCAGCCGAUGGACCAGAGCUCCCUGAAGAACAGCGACGUUCUGAUUCUGACAGGCCUCACGCAGAUGCCCACCGCCAACCCAGACGGCAUGCUGGGAGAAUUCUGCAGCAACCUGGCCAUGACGAUCCGGGCGGGAGGCAACGUGCUGGUCCCCUGCUACUCCUCUGGAGUGAUAUACGACCUGCUGGAGUGCCUCUACCAAUUCAUCGAGAGCGCCAACCUGGGGACCACGCCCUUCUACUUCAUCUCACCCGUAGCCAACAGCUCCCUGGAGUUCUCACAGAUCUUUGCUGAGUGGCUUUGUCACAAUAAGCAAACCAAGGUGUAUCUUCCUGAGCCUCCUUUCCCACACGCAGAGCUGAUCCAGACCAACAAGCUGAAGCACUAUCCCAGCAUCCACGGAGACUUCAGCAGCGAGUUCCGCCAGCCCUGCGUGGUUUUCACCGGUCACCCCUCACUGCGCUUCGGCGAUGUGGUUCAUUUCAUGGAGCUGUGGGGCAAAUCCAGCCUUAACACCGUCAUCUUUACAGAGCCAGAUUUCUCCUACCUGGAUGCCCUGGCUCCGUACCAGCCGCUAGCCAUGAAAUGUGUUUACUGUCCUAUUGACACCAGGCUCAACUUCCAUCAGGUUUCAAAGCUCCUGAAGGAAGUGCAGCCCCUCCAUGUGGUGUGUCCGGAGCAGUACACCCAGCCUCCUCUGACGCAGUCCCACCGUUCGGACCUGAUGCUGGAGCUGCAGCCCCCUCCCAUGCCUUACAGGCGCUGCUCCGUGCUCAACCUGCCUUUCAGGCGGCGCUACGAGCGAGUCUACAUCCUGCCUGAGCUCGCCAACUCACUGGUGCCCUCUGAGGUUAAACCCGGCGUCUCCGUGGCGACCGUGUCGGCAGUGCUGCAGUCCAAGGACAACAAGCACACGCUGCAGUCGGUGCCCAAAGCGCCUCCUGUGGCCCCCAGCAAAAAGAGGAAGCGGGUGAUGGAGGAGCCCCCUGUGACGAUGGCGCCCAAACCCCUGCUGAGCGGAGCUGUGCCCCUGGAGGCUUUCCUGGCCACCCUGCAAAAGCACGGGAUCACAGAGGUCAAAGUGGAGGAGACGGCAGACGGACACAUCCUCCACCUGCAGGCCGAGGACACCCUGAUUCAGCUGGAGGAGGACGGGACGCACAUCGUCUGCGACAACAACGAGCCGCUGCGGGCCACGCUCAGAGACCUGGUGCUGCGCUUCCUGCAGAAACUCUGAGCGCGUCCAUCUGGCCUGGUCUCCCUCUGCUGCAGCACAAACACUGGACUGGGGAGGAGAAAUGUCGUAUUUAACUGUAGUUUUUCUUUUUUGUUUGUUUUUUUAUGAAACGUGUCCAGAUCCAUUAUUUUGUAUUAAAUAAUUUCCCAAACAUCUUG